AUGAGCUCCGACAAGAAAGAAGAUUUCGACCGUUCGUUCUGGCAAAACACGACUUCUUACGAUGCCAGCAGCAAGAUGUUACUCGUCACCAUAGUUUCAUUCUCUAUUAUUAUCCUCAUCGUCUUCGCUUAUCAUCUCUAUGCAAGAUUUGUUCUCCGCCAUAGAUCCACCUUCCAAGAUAUCUCCCUCAACAUCGUUUCUCAGCCGCCCAAACGUGGCCUCGACACUCUAACCAUCGCUUCUCUCCCUACGUUUAUCGUUGGAGUCAACGGUGACGUGGUGGCUACGGAAUGUGCGGUGUGUCUAAGCUUGUUGGAGGAGAAAGAUGCGGCGAGGAUGUUACCGAACUGCAAGCACGUGUUCCACGUGACAUGCGUUGACACGUGGCUCACCACACACUCCACUUGUCCCAUUUGUCGAACUGAAGUCGAGCCAAGUCAAAGGCUUGAGCCUGAGCCAAGAGAAGGGCCAGUUGGCGACGGUGCAUCGCCGUUGGAUUUCGUGGCGGCAUCUUCGUCGGAUAACAAAACUGGCGGGUCAUCGGUUUUGCGGUUAGAUUCGUUUCGGAAGAUUUUGACAAGGGAAAGAUCUUCGAACAGGAACGAUCAUUCUCGCGUUGACCAAGAUCGUGUAAUGGAUCUAGAAAGACAAUGA